UAAAACAAUGGGAAAUCAAUGUACAGGCGUUGACGAUUUCUAAGGACAACAAUUUGCUCCAAACAUUUCAGUUUAAGAUGAAGUUUUUGUAGAGGGUAGAGUUCCAAUAGUUGGGUAGAAUCCUAGUCGAUUUAAUGAUGAUGAUAUGAUAGUAAGCCAUCAUUCUAUAAAUAUUAGACGGUGUACUAACCAAACAAUAAUAAAUUGAAUUAUGGGAGAAAUUCUCUUGGAUAAGGGUACAUGACAGCCUAGAAAUAUAAUCUAAAAGAUAACAUCUCUAUUUAAGCAUCUUCACAUGUAUAAGCGAUUCUAUAAAAAUUAGACAUUGUUAAACUCACAAAAUGCUGCUCUGAUGAUAACUAUUAAAAGCAAUGAUAUCAUGUUGAUAAAUCAAAGAGGUUAAGAGUGUGUAAGACAAGGAAUAGAUUUGGUAAAUUACAAUUUAUAAUUUAGGUUUGUUUAAUUGAUCAUAGUGGUAGUAUGCAAGGAGAAAAAAUAAAGUUAGUUCGAAAAACAUUAAAAUAGAUGCUAACAUUUUUAUAGCCAUGUGAUAGAUUAUGUUUGAUAAUGUUUGAUUGCAAGGUUUACAGAUUAACAAGGCUGAUGAGAGUUACUUAAGAAAAUGUUUAAAAAUUCAGAGUAGCAAUAUCCUCACUCUAAGCAAGAGGUGGAACCGACAUAGGGAAUGGAAUGAAGAUGGCAUUAUCAAUUUUAAAACAUAGAAAAUACAAGAAUCCAGUAUCUGCAAUAUUUUUGUUAUCUGAUGGAGUCGAUGAAGGUGCUGAAGAGAGAGUGAGAGAUGAUUUAAUCCAAUAUAACAUACGUGAUUCAUUCACAAUCAAAACAUUUGGUUUUGGAAGAGAUUGUUGUCCUAAGAUAAUGUCAGAAAUUGCUCAUUACAAAGAGGGAUAAUUUUAUUUUGUUCCAAAUCUUACUAAUAUUGAUGAAUGUUUUGCUGAAGCCUUGGGUGGUCUGGUAUCAGUUGUAGCAAACCAUGUUCAGUUAUCAGUCUAACCUAUGCAUUCAAAUAAACUAUAAAUUAAGAAGGCCUAUGGAGAUAAGUGGACUUAUGAUUCCUGGAAGGGAGUCUUCACUCUCUACUAACCACAUUUGCUAUCUGGUGUGAGAAAAGAUUACAUUUUUGAAGUUGCUGAUUACAAAACUUCUGGUAAGCAAGAAAUUAGGGUCCUUCUAUAAGCUGAUCCAGUUGAGGGUGGAGAGAAAGUUACUAUUGAAUAAAUUAUUGAACUCAAGAAUUCUGAUUUAUCAAAUGAGGUUCUUCCUAAUUAUUAUAGGGUCAGAGGUGCAGAAUGUUUUGAAUAGGCAAGAAUUUAUGCUGAAUAAGGAUAAUAUUAGACAAGUUAAUAGAUUCUUAAUAAUAUCAAUACAGAAAUCAAAUUACAAAAUUUCAAUGAUCCAAAUCUAUAAGUAGUUCAAACUGAUCUCGAAAUGGCGAGCAAUUUCUGUUACCCUGGGUACAAUAUAUGCAUAAAUUUUAUUAGGUAAUUUGAAAACGAAGGCAGACAUCAUAUGCACCAAUUGCACAUUGUUCAUAUGUAUUAAAAAUCAAGGGGGGUUUAAAUUAAUCAAAACUAAGAUGGCUAAGUUAUCAGUCUAGAUUGUCAAUAUUAAAAUAAUCUACAAAAAUAAUAUAAGGAUUAAACUAGGUAAAUUAAAUAAAAUGAUCCUAAUUAUUGGAAUGAUUGUUGA